GCGCUUCGCCCCCGCGCUGUGCCCUCUGUCGGUGGCGUGGGGCAGCGGUAGCAGCCGUGGCGGCAGGAGGCGGUAGCCGCGUCGACGUCGACCAAGACUGGAGCGACGUUUAAAGAAGCAGCAGAAUCGCCCGGGAGUCCGGCUUCUUGUUGUUGGAGGACUCCCACCCGUCCGCGGCCCGAGGAGGAGAAGCGGCGGCGCCAGGAAGCAGGCAUGGAGAGUAGAAAACUGAUUUCUGCUACAGACAUUCAGUACUCUGGCAGUCUGCUGAACUCCUUGAAUGAGCAACGAGGCCAUGGACUCUUUUGUGAUGUUACUGUUAUUGUGGAAGACCGAAAAUUCCGGGCCCACAGGAAUAUUCUUUCAGCUUCUAGUACAUACUUCCAUCAGCUCUUCUCAGUUGCUGGGCAAGUUGUUGAACUGAGCUUUAUAAGAGCAGAGAUCUUUGCAGAAAUCCUCAAUUAUAUCUAUAGUUCUAAAAUUGUCCGAGUUAGAGCAGAUUUACUUGAUGAGUUAAUUAAAUCAGGGCAGUUAUUAGGAGUGAAAUUUAUAGCAGAGCUUGGUGUCCCACUAUCACAGGUUAAAAGCAUCUCAGGUACACCUCAGGAUGGUAAUGCUGAAACCUUGCCUCCUGAUUCUAGUGACAAAAACCUUGUAAUACAAAAAUCAAAAGAUGAAACCCAAGAUAAUGGGGCGACUAUAAUGCCUAUUAUAACAGAGUCAUUUUCGUUAUCUGCUGAAGAUUAUGAAACGAAAAAGAUCAUUGUUACUGAUUCAGAUGAUGAUGAUGAUGAUGAUGUCAUUUUCUGCUCUGAGAUUUUGCCUGCAAAGGAGACUUUGCCAAGUAACAAUGCAGUGACACAGGUCCAGCCUAACCCAGGCCCUGUUGCUAUUUCAGAUGUUGCACCUUGUGCUAGCAAUAACUCUCCCCCUUUAACAAAUAUCACACCUACUCAGAAACUUCCUAUUCCUGUGAAUCAGGCAACUCUGAGCCAGACACAAGGAAGUGAAAAGUUGCUGGUAUCUUCGGCUCCAACACAUCUGACUCCCAACAUUAUUUUGUUAAAUCAGGCACCACUUACUACACCACCAAAUGUCAGUUCUUCACUUCCAAAUCAUAUGUCUUCUUCAAUCAAUUUACUUAUGCAGAAUCAGCAGACACCAAAUAGUGCUGUUUUAACAGGAAACAAAGCCAGUGAAGAGGAGGAGGAGGAAAUUAUAGAUGAUGAUGAUGACACUAUUAGCUCCAGUCCAGACUCGGCAGUCAGUAAUACAUCUUUGGUCCCACAGGCUGAUACCUCCCAAAAUACCACUUUUGAUGGAUCAUUGAUACAGAAGAUGCAGAUUCCUACACUUCUGCAAGAACCACUUUCCAAUUCUUUAAAAAUUUCAGAUAUAAUUACUAGAAACACUAAUGAUCCAGGUUUAGGAUCAAAACACCUAAUGGAGGGUCAGAAGAUCAUUACUUUAGACACAGCUACUGAAAUUGAAGGCUUGUCGACUGGUUGCAAGGUUUAUGCAAAUAUUGGUGAAGAUACUUAUGACAUAGUGAUCCCUGUCAAAGAUGACCCUGACGAAGGGGAGGCCAGACUUGAGAAUGAGAUACCAAAAACGUCUGGCAAUGAGUCAGCAAGCAAACGUAUGAAAGUAAAACAUGAUGAUCACUAUGAGUUAAUAGUAGAUGGAAGGGUCUAUUAUAUCUGCAUUGUAUGCAAAAGGUCAUAUGUCUGUCUGACAAGCUUGCGAAGACAUUUUAACAUUCAUUCUUGGGAGAAGAAGUAUCCAUGCCGUUACUGCGAGAAGGUAUUUCCUCUCGCAGAAUAUCGCACAAAGCAUGAAAUUCAUCACACAGGGGAGCGAAGGUAUCAAUGUUUGGCAUGUGGCAAAUCUUUCAUCAACUAUCAGUUUAUGUCUUCACAUAUAAAGUCAGUUCAUAGUCAAGAUCCUUCUGGGGACUCGAAGCUUUACCGUUUACAUCCAUGCAAAUCUUUACAGAUCAGACAAUAUGCAUACCUUUCUGAUAGGUCAAGCACUGUGCCUGUAAUGAAGGAUGAUGGUAUUGGGUAUAAGGUUGAUGCUGGAAAGGAACCUCCAGUAGGGACCACAUCUACUCAGAACAAGCCAAUGACCUGGGAAGAUAUCUUUAUUCAGCAGGAAAAUGAUUCAAUUUUUAAACAGAAUGUAACAGAUGGUAGUACCGAGUUUGAAUUUAUAAUACCAGAAUCUUACUGAACUCCUUUGAAAUAUCAGGAAGUUUUGGUUUGGAUUAAGGGGCAGGGAUUUCAGAAGACCUGUAAAACCAAUUAAGGUGAAAACAAGUUAAUCUGAUCUGCCAUAUCAUCUGAAAGUAGUCUAGUUGGAUUAUUGUUGAUGGUUUUUAGAAGCAAUUUUUUCUUAAAGUUUGAGUAGAGGUUGAGAAGUCCCCCCUCCCAGUAUGUUUAUAUAGUUAGCUUUCAGCUCAUUUAAAAGAGGCAAAAAUAAAAAAGCUCGGAGAGAUAGUUUUCUGACUAGAAUUUGAAGCAGUCUGAAUGUUUUUUGAAAAUAACUGGAGUUACUAGCUACCCUAGUACAUCAUACAACUUUCCCUUUCCAUGUUAGCACUUUACUGCUGAAUUCUCAGUUUUCUUAACAUUGAGACUAUAAAUGUGUGUUGUCUUGUAUAUGACAUAAAAAAACUUCUGAAAUUGUGGUCUAGAAUAUUUCAGAAUAAGUCUCCACUUGAUUGUGUAUUCUGCUAGUCCAAAUGGAUAGCAACCUCCUGCCUCCCCUCAUGAAAAUAGCCAUGCAGAGAAGUCUUGUAUGAAGAUUGAGUUAGUUUUAGUUAAUUAGAAUUAAUCCUUGCCUUUAUUGCCAUAGUCUGUAAAAGAUUUUGGUGGCUAGGCCACUCUCUACCUUUGCAAUGUGAUCUGUGUAGGCAAAAAACUAGUGGAAAGACAAAUCUUCAUAAUGCAGACAGGAGAUGAAAAGUUCUGUCGCACUUAUUUUUAAUCCUCUGCUCUUACAUGAUAAGAAAGAGAAUGGAAUCAAGUGGAGAUUUCCUUUUUGUUUGAUAUGGUUAAAAAUAUUCCCAUGAAAUGUUAGAAAUUUUGAAUCUGAAAGCCACCAAAUGAAUCUUUAUACAUAAUCUAAUUAUGUAUAAAUCUUUGUAAAUGAUAGAUUUCAUAGAUGAGACUCAUAUUUUGGGCGGAGGCUAUUGGCAUAUAUUUUUAAAUAUUCAUAUUUCUUAGAUCUCUAUAGGAAGUUUUCAUUUGGAAUAGCUGAAGCUGUGAUCUAGUAUUUUUCUUUCGGCAAGAUCUUUUACUUUUUUACCCCUUCUAAAGUAAGUUCCAUUCCAUCUGCAAAUUACCACAACAUGGCAAUUGGAAACUACAAAUGGAAUGGUAUAUAGGCUAGUCAAUUCCCAUUUAUCUUGACAACAAUAAAUACCAGCUUUCUUCCUUUUAAAAUGACAUAUUUAAAUAGUUAGAAAAUAAAGUUAAAACUUAAGCGCUAGUACUAAAAGGAAGUGGGUUGGCACAAAUAUAUAGUCUAGCAUUUAUAACAGAAUUAACUUGUUGAACUGUAAAUGGUUUUUUGCAAAGAAAAAAAUAAUAGAUAACUGAAAAAGAUUGUUGUGCAUAGUUAUUAGUCAUUCAUAACCUUGCUUAAGUAUUUCUUAGUUCAACAUAGAUAUUUUCUUUCUCCUUACCACGUAUUUUUAAAAAUAGUCUAUUUCUUGACUUUGAACUUAAAGCUUUAAUCACAACUUCUCACAUAUACAUCAUUCAGUGUAUCUUAAGUUGGUAGCUGAGGGUACUGGGCAUCAAGAUUUGCAAUAAUACAAGGAAAAGGAAAAAUAAUCCUUUGUUUACCAAGGGGUGGAGUGAUGUGCAUUUGUCUGUUUUCUGAGUCUAGACCUUCAAACCAUUUUAUCAACUAAACCUUAGAAAAUUUGAAAUCAUAACUUAAGACUCUGAUCUCUGAAAUCACAAUAUCUGUUUCCUUUCUGUGUAGAUACUGAUAACAUUACUUUCUGACUAUAAAAUGUUCUCAGUGGAAAUUUGUUUGAAUUUCAUUAAUGUUAUUUCAGCAGUUAAUAAUGACUUCUGCCAUUGUAAAUGAUACUGAUGCCAGCAGAGCUUCCAGAUCUUUCAGACUCAACUGUAGAUAAAUUAGUUUGUCAUAAUAAAACUUGGUAAUUUCUGCAAGCCUAUUGCGACAAACCAGGAAUUAAUUCUAUAAUUGAAAACUUAUCAAUUCUGCAUAAUAUUGGCAUAAUUAUUUGCUGCUGCUGUGCUAAUUCUGAAUAUGAAAAUUUAAAAAUCUGUGCCUACUAAAGGUAUCUUCUGGAGUUUGUUGGGAGGAGGAAAACUGGAAAAUUAAAUUGCAAUUUUGCCAGAAGACUCUUACUUGCAUGUGUCUCAGGGUCUUCAGUUUUUCUAGAAGUUUCCAUAUUCAAAGUUCAAGAGUUCAUGUGGAAUACACCUUUUGGACAAAAACUCUUCACUCCCAGUCUUUACUGUAUUGGAAAUUUGUAGCAAGCUGCUGUUUAAAACUUACCAUGGGGUUUUUCUAUUUUAUACUUAGCUUUAUGGCCAUUGAACUUCCUUUAUUCUUUCAGGUGGGCUUCAAAUUUGCUCUAAAGUGAAAUUACCUGUAAAUAUUCUGGACAGUAACUAUUUGAAGUAGUAAAUUUGUUACUCAAAAUGUUCAGACUAAACAGAGGUUUUAAAAUGCUAUAAUAGUCUUGCGGGAUUAAACAAUAUUUUAAUUGAUUAUUAUCAUUUGGGUGGUAAUGAUCCCCCAUCUACAACCACUAUGAGGGAAUAAUGCCACAUUUUUCAACUGUACUAAGAAGAUAAAACAAAUGGUAAACAUUGAUCAAGGUAUUUUGUAUUGUCAAGGCAUGCAUAUUCUAAAGAAUUAAGUGCUAAUUCAACAGCACUGGCUUCCUCACCUCUGUCAAUCAUAAUGAAACCUUGUUCAUUUCCCCUAAUACUGUAAUGUUCCUACUUGUACAAUCUUCCCUAUCAUGACUUUAAGUUCUACUUUUCAUUAACCAUUACCUGAUAUUAGUUCAUAGAGCUUCUUAUGGCAAAAUAAAAUGU